AGCUUCCUGCUGGAACGACCUCAACAUGUAACUGACCGUUGAGGUGAAGGUAUUCACAGAGGUGCAGCUGCAGUAAAAUAGAGCUGCCUAAGUGAGGUAUGUAAGGACCUGUAAAGAGUAUUAGACAAGGCCAUCGCAGUGGAUUACAGUAAUCCUGUCCACUACAGUUGGGUGUCACACACGUGUCACUUCAGUACAGCUGAAGAAGGAGAUGGAGGUUCCAGCUCAUCGUGCUGCUGUGCUGCUUCUCCUGCUUCUGGCCCUGAUCACAGUCCAUUCACAGGAGGAGGAGGAGGAGGAGGUUGCCCAUGACGAGGAGCUCCAGGAGGAGCAGCAGGUGAUCGAGACAUGGACGCAGAAUGUGAAAGCCUGCACUUGUGACUGUGAAUCCGCGGAUGCAACCACUCGCAUCCCGACUGCCGCCUCACCGCUCCUGAUAACGCCCUCCCCGCCUCAAGGUCACCCGUGGAGCUGCAUGCCAGAGUGCCCGUACCACAGAGCCCUCGGCUUCGAAUCAGGAUCUGUGAACUCCGACCAGAUCAGCUGCUCCAAUCAGGACCAGUACACCGGUUGGUACUCCUCCUGGAUCCCCAACAAGGCUCGCCUUAACAAUCAAGGAUUUGGGUGUGCGUGGCUAUCCAAGUUCAACGAUCUGCACCAGUGGAUCCAAGUUGACCUAAAGGAAGUGAGCGUGGUGUCCGGCAUCCUCAUGCAGGGCCGCUGCGAUGCAGAUGAGUGGAUUACUAAAUACAGCAUCCAGUAUCGCUCUGUGGAAUCUCUCAACUGGGUCUACUACAAAGACCAGACAGGAAACAACAGGGUCUUUUAUGGGAACUCUGAUCGCUCCUCUACGGUGCAGAACCUGCUCCGACCUCCCAUCAUAGCUCGCUACAUCCGCCUGCUGCCGCUGGGCUGGCACACCCGCAUUGCCAUGAGGAUGGAGCUGCUGAUGUGCACGAACAAGUGCCCAUGAAGAGCAAAAGCCAUCCAACUCCUGCCUCCCCGAUACUUGCUUGGCUGGAGAGGAUUACUUUAAAGGGCCUACAUCAUGCAAAAUCGACAUUUUGAGCUAUUCAGCGUAUUAUAAUGUUAAUCCCUCUAAAAAAACAACCCCAAAGCAGUGUUUUGAUGAGUAUUCCUCUUAAAAACCAGCUGAGCACCAGUCCCUCCCAAUCCACGAAAAUGAGCGGGACCUCACAUUGUGAUGUCACAAAGUGAGGACCCGCCCCUUCCAGGAAGCGUCUGGACUACCAAUUUACGUUGGAGCUGAACCGCACUGUAGGCAUGGAUCUGCUGCAGCUCUUAUAUCCAGUAGGUAGGACUAUCUGACAAGGUAGGACAUUUGGAUAGCUAUAUCUUUCAUUUUGUGCCAGGAAAACGUCACGUGGUAGGAUAGAUGGUUAGCUCUAGGUCGAUGUCAUGAAAUGGGCGGCACACACGCGGAGCUAAAGCCGGUGCCUCCAAGAUCGAGUCGUAUCACUUCCCAGUAGAUAAAUGAGCUGAAAAAAUAACUAUUCAUACAGAAUGUGUUCUUUAGUGUGCCACAGGUGAUUUACUAUUAUAUACAGUACAGACGAAAAGUUUGGACACACCUUCCCAUUCAUUUAAAUGAAUGGGAAGGUGUGUCCAAACUUUUGGUCCGUACUGUAUAUGGAUAUAGUUUACUCUGAAAGGCUUAAGAAAAGCAUGAUAUAGGCCCUUUAAACCUGCCUGGACGUCUUUGGGGAGACUUAAAGCUAAACAUAUAUACAUGUCAGCACAACGCCAUUAACAAUUGGCUUAAAUUUCUCAUGUGCUUUGGAGAUUUUUGCACCAAAAAUCGCCCAAAUCACCAUCAAGAGAUCUGUGGCAGACCGCAGAUUGGUUUGUUUUUGCUGCGCCGAUAUAAAAGAAGUAACAGUUUAAACGUUUAAAUCAAAUGGGCUGUUUUAUUGGAGAUUAACUUUCACAAAUAAACAAGUAUACUCUAAACUGUAAAGCAUUCAUUGAUUGAUGGGUUUUAUAUUGUCAUGAAAAUGCUCUGCUGGGAGAAAAGCUGAUAAAUACGGACUAUGCUACUCAUUUGUGUCUGUAUUACAAAAGCACAAACCUAAUACUUGGUUCAAUUUAAACAAUUGUUUUAAACAUUUCCUGUUAUAAAUAUUACCAAACAAGUAGUCACACAUCAGUAUUAAUAUAAUACACAGUGCUCCUCCAGAAACAAGAAUCCAAACGGAAAUACAAACUGUGGCGAGUACAGAGUAUGCAGCGUCCUCGUCGAUGGACAUAAACACACGUUUGGUCACGUCUGGGUUCAGUGUUUUUUAGUCUCAGUUUCACACACCUCACAAGCAAAAGGAGGAGAAGAAUUUACAAUCAGGGACAUAUUGCCAAGACUCAAGUCUCUUCAAAGUGCACGAAAAUAGUAUUUAUUUUUUCUUCUUUUUUU